AUGCCGGCUUGCAGUGUCUGGGACGCACUGUGCAAUACGGUUAUUAAGGACAAAACCCUAACCCUACAUUCCCUGUUCCCGCCAGAGCUUCAUUUUACCCUUCUGAAGCUCUUCACUCGUACCUUCCAAUGGUUCUCCUCUUACUGCUACUUUGACAUCACAGAGAUCGAUGGUGUCAACACAAACGAGCUGUACAAUGCAGCUCAACUCUACCUCAGCAGCUUUGCUUCAAUCACCCGCAACCGUUUGAGCCUCACUCGAGCCAAGAAUUCAAGUGCCUUCACAUUUGGGCUAUCAAAUAAUGAUUGCUUGGUCGAUACAUUCAAUGGCGUCACAGCAACUUGGGAGCAUGUGGUCACACAGAGACAAUCUCAAAGCUACGCUUGGAGACCUCUUCCUGAUGAGAAGAGAGGCUUCACUCUUCGAAUCAAUAAGAAAGAUAAGGUCUUGAUCCUUGAUUCUUAUCUUGAUUACAUCAUGGAGAAGGCCAAUGAGAUCAGAAGAAAAAAUCAAGAUCGACUUCUCUACACAAAUUCUCGAGGUGGAGCUCUUGAUUCGAGGGGUCAUCCAUGGGAAGCUGUGCCAUUCAAGCACCCAAGUACUUUUGAUACAUUGGCCAUGGACCCUGCAAAAAAAGCUGAACUAAUGGCUGAUCUUCGAGAUUUUGCAGAUGGGCAAUCGUUUUAUCAGAACACAAGGAGAGCGUGGAAGAGAGGUUACCUUCUAUAUGGUGAUCGAUCUCCAGGACAAACAAUAUUUAGCAUUUAA